AUGUCAAUUCGCUACUUGGUCCUUGGGAAGUCAGAGGCCGACGCCAGGGAUUGCCUCGUCGUUUUCUGUCCCCCAAGCCAAUGCAAGCGAGUAAAGCGAUUCUUCGACAAGCACCGAGCCGUCAAGAGUCUCUGCGAGCCGCCUGAUUUAUCCGCCCCGUCCUUUCGACCUGUUGUCAAAGACCUGGCGCCUCAGCUUACAGCCUUACGGGGCGACGAGGAAGCCCAGGAACCCGCGGACCCAGAAUGCUCCAGAGAAACCCCGGGUCCUACCUCGAUCGAAGUUCAUUGUUCCUCAACGCCGCCAUCGAACAAGGCCUUGUGCGGGACUCCAAUUCGCUUCAUCAAUCAUGCAGGGGAGACUCGAUGUGGGACCUUUGGGGGUAUCGUCAAGUUGGUCCAGAGCGAUGGCUUCGAAUUGUAUGGCCUGACAGCUGGACAUGGCCUCCUCGAUUGGGAAGAUUGGUCCUUGCCUGAUAGUGAUUUGGACUCCAUGGAUGACGAUGAUUACUCCAUCGAUGAAGAUAUGAAGGAACUUUUAGAUCUGGAGUCUUCUGAAGGAUCUAUUUCAAGUCCUGAACCUGAAGCCACUGAUCCAUCUCCAAACCAUCCUGAGCCCAAGUUGGAAGAGAUGAAAUUAUCCGAGACAUGGGCAUUCAAACACUCUCAGAAACUUGGAAGCGUUCUACAAAGACCUAAGCAUCACACAAAAGGGAGCGGCCAAUAUCUCGACUGGGCCCUCCUUGAGAUUGAUGCAUCCAAACUUCAGCCAAAUUAUUACCCAUCGCUCAAUUCCAAAUACCUCGAGUUGACGGCAUCCCAGGAGAAUCUUGCUCCAGCUGCUCUUGGUCAGCCGGCCAUCAUGAUAGGAGGCUCUCAGGGUUGCAUACUCGGCACAAUUUCAUCGUUACCAGCAAGACUUUUGCUCGGCCAUGGCCAGUCAUUUGUCGAUGCCUAUACUCUCUGUCUAAAAGACCAUACUGUAUGCAUUGGGGACUCUGGUUCAUGGGUGAUUGACCCACUUACGUAUGAGGUAUUUGGACACAUUGUUGCGACUGACAUGCUCGGCGACGCCUACGUGAUUCCUCUUCAGAGCAUCUUUGAGGAUAUUCGAGCCUGGCACGAUGCGCAAUCAGUCAAUCUUCCCACUGCCCCCGACUUUGGAGCAAAACUUCCCUCCAUGGAUGCCAAGCACCAACCACCUAAUGCUCCCGCUUGUCUGCUAGAGAAGAUGCCAAUCGGGUCGCCGGAGCCAAUGGGUAGCCCUUCAGCCUUGAAUGUGGGAGCUCCUAACAGCAUGGUCCGCUCUUUUGAAGCCCCCCCUCCCUAUGAUGGGAAGUCCGUGAAUACCAAGAAAUUCCGUAACCUUUUGCUCUCGCUAUCCUUGACGCCAACCUAUUACGAGAACCCUGGUCUGUUGGACGAAGCUCUCGGACUUAUUCCGCUGAAUCGAAUAUAUAGCGAAGCCGAGGAGAGCUCACAGCUCUUUCAGGCUCAGGCUGAGAGCAUGGGUAACGACAGACCAGAGUGGUUCAAGAGAGACUUCUUUGUUUGGGUGAACAACCCGCCAUGCGACAUCUGCCUGUCUCCUACAAUCGCCCAAGGUUCAGUCGCUCCAACCCCAGAGGAGAACGCCUCUCGUGCAUUUCGUGUCGAGCUUUAUCGGUGCUCAUCCCCGGGCUGCAGUACAUAUGUUCGGUUUCCUAGAUAUGGUGAUGCUUGGAAGUUGCUUCAAACUCGGCGGGGACGAGUUGGCGAAUGGGUCAACUGCUUCAGCUUGCUCUGCCGAGCCGUCGGCGCACGGGUCAGGUGGGUUUGGAAUGCCGAAGACCACGUAUGGACUGAGGUCUUCUCGAACCACCAAAAGCGAUGGGUCCAUGUGGAUCCAUGUGAAGAAGCCUGGGACUCACCAUUACUUUAUUCAAACGGUUUGGGAAAGAAAAUGUCGUACAGUAUUGGGUUUUCCUACGAUGGGGCUGCAGACGUGACACGGCGGUAUGUGCGAGAGGACAAGUUUGCUCUGGAGCGGAAUCGAUGUUCCGAGGAGGAUCUCGAGAGGAUCAUACGAGAGAUUAGAAGUAUUCGCAGAGCCAAGAUGACCAAGGACGAGCAAUUCCGCCUUGAGGAGGAGGAUAUCCAUGAGGACCGAGAGAUGCGAGGAUACAUUAUGAUGGCUUCUAUUGCCAAAGCAUCCAGCGACUUGCCCGUUGGCACCUCAAAGGAUCCAUCAGGGAACGCGGACAGCAGCCGAGCACCCAUGAAAGCAAGUGCGGAUGCCAAGUCGCUCCUAAGGCAACUUGAAGCAAGUAGCCAGCUCAGGCUACAAGACAAUUGA